AUGCAAUGGAUUGUCAAAGAAGGAAAGACCUCACUCAUUGUGGCUUACAUGAAUCCUAAACAAUACAUUCUGGCCAAGCUUUUGAUUGAACUAGGUGUAAAUGUCAAUGCUUACCGUCCAAGGCGUCAUGAUGAUACUUCUUUACAUCAUGCAACGAAAAGAGGCUUGGAUAAGAUGGUUAUGUUGCUUUUCUCCCAUAGAGCAAAUUCUUUAGUGAGGAAUGAUGAUUGUCAAACUCCACUUGAUGUUGCUAGAUUAAGAGGGUUCACCAAUGUAGUUCGUGCUAUUGAGAGUCAUUUUUGCUUUUUCUCUGGCUGGCUUAGGGAGUUUUAUGGUCCAGGCUUUAGUUGUUCUCAAGGAAUAUGUCAGUGUACCUUUCAGUUUCUAUUUUCACCAUGCCUUUAA